CUGCUGCCUCUGUCCUGGGCUGGAAGAUCUUAUUUGUGUAAUGUUGGUAAUCAUAUCACAAAAAGCAUGUGGGGGUGAGAAAUCAGGAUAACCCUCCCAUGACCUACUUGUCACCAUCACCUGUAGAACCUAGGCAGCUUAUAAUCAGUCUCUGCAUACUUAAUUGCUUAAUGUUCAAAUUUGAACAGUCUGCAUAAAGAAUGAAGCACUCACUCCUUGUUACCCCUGCUCAGGAUUUUCUUAGCUGACAUGACAGUUAAAGAAAAUUUGAAAGACUCUUGAAUUCUUACAUUAAAAACAUCCAGCUUCACCUCCACCUUCACAGAUACAGAAUAGAGGUCAUAUCUCUUGGGCAGGCCUGAUCUCUGCAGCUUUGCAUAGGUGAGGAGAAAUUCUGAUCCCCUACUCCCUUUAUGCGCUCCAUCAUCAUAGCCUGGGGCUGACUGGAUUCAGGUGAUGGAGAACAUUUCUUGCCUAGAUUUCCUUUGGCUGUAUUGAGCAGCAUGCUUUAAGAUCCUUGCACAUCAUCUGUGGCAGUAUUAAUUUAAAGCAUGGCUAAUCUUCUUUUUAUGUUCCAUGUAGUAGGGAGUAAUACUUUGGCUUUAGUUUGGUUAAGUGCCGUGUGUUGCCCUUGAAGGGCAGAGUUGCAGCCACACCUCUGGAGAGAGCGGCGACAAGUGUGGGAUGACUUACCCUUGUGCAGCAUCUGUGUCCUGCAGGCAGGAUGUCCGGGGUCCUGCUCUAAAACCAAGGCCAAGCAGUCCGUGCCCACCUUGGGGUAAGUGCUGGCGGGAAUGGGUAGAGAAAGGAGCCAGACUUAAGUCUUUCAAGCACCGUGGGCUGUUAAGCAGUUGAUGGCCAGGCAACAAGAAUACAACUUCAUUUUCCAGUACAGCUACGUAGUUCUGCUUGUCAGCUUCCUUAGGAAGGGCAGUCCCAUCUUCUGAGCCAGCACACCACCUCUUUCCCUCUCCCAGGACUGAUCCUGUCUGGCCCCAGAGCUGCAACAUCAGUACUGUGGCUCCAGGAGAUGGGGUGAGCAGCUGAGAUGUGCCAGGGAAGCUUAUUGUGCUCUGCAUCUGCAUGCUGCUUCUGCUUAUGUUGUGCCAGUGCUGUCAGUCUGGUUUUGGUGGUCGAGUGCUCUCUUUGGCAGCAUCCCUUGUGUAGACUGCCACUGCUGUGCACUAGUCAUGGGUACAGUGAAGAUAACCAGGAGCUACAGGUAAGCAUAUUGGGUGCCAAAGAGUCUCAGUGAAAAUCAUAACUUGGCUUUUUCACAUCUGACACCUAGAACUGCCAGGUAAUGCAAAUCGUUAUCAUCUCUUGCUGCUUGUAAAAUGGUACUUAAGCCUGCUUAUGGUGAAUAGGAUAAACGCACUGCUUUUUGUGAAGUGCUGCUAAGGUCUUUUCAAUGUUUUGGGUUUUCCUGCUUACUGAGUACUGUGCAGAAGGCAUUGCAUGUUUAAAAAAAAAAAGGCCACAAAACAAAAAAAAUAAAACCAACAAAACACUGAACUCCAACACUCAAAAAAUCAGAAUGGAUACACCAAAGGAGGCUAAAUUCCUGUUGCACCUCUGUAUCCAUGUGUUGAAAUGGCUCUGCCACCCCACAGCAUGGUUUUUUCAAUGUAUUACACAUUGGGAAGUCAGAGUUAGCUAUCGGAACUUCAGUAAGUGCAGCUUGGCUCAUUGCUUUGGUACCUCAGUCUUUGCAGCCAUUGGGAAGCAUGAUGCAACAGAUGCACUUGCUGGAGUGUGUACAUAAGGAGAGAUGCUCUGUGGAAGCGAUACACUCUGUAGUAAUUUAAUGGAUUUUUGUCAGUGCAGGUAGUCUUUCCAUCCAAAUGCUUUUUAAUUCUCCUUGCGAGACCUCUGUAAUAAAUUGUGUAGAUACACAGCAUGCUCUGAAUUGAUUAAUAACAUUUUUUGGCUCACUGGGCAGCUGUAAACCCUGGAAGGGAAGAGGAGCUGCUGAAAGAAGGAGGAGGGAAAGUGGGGAAAUCCUUAGGAUGGCAUUCCGGUAUCUUGUUCUAGCCUCCUCCUGCAUAAUACAUGGCUCUUUAAAAAUUAAAAAAGCAUAUGAAGAGUUUUAUUAUACAUCACAAUCUUUAAUGUGCUGAUACAAAGACAUCUUCUGCUCACUCUGAGUCAACAUGCCUGAAAAACAGUAGGUAGUUAGCUUCGUGUACAAGGGUGUUGCCUUAUAAAUAUCUGAGUUAUUUACAGUGUGCCAUGUGUGUGCACAGAUCUCAAGUCCUGCAAGCAGAUGCAGUCCCUGCACAGAGACUUAAGCAAAACACUGGGCCUGGAGAAGCUCUUGAGUUUUUGGCCCCCGAAUUAAGGGGAGAUAUAAGACCUGACUGUUGCACCUCUAGCUAAUAUUUUUAACCAGGCCUGUGUAGGAGAACUUAUUCCUUAUCCAAAGAAAGAGUAAUUAUGUAAGGGUGAUGGACAGGGUCACUUUGGUGCUCUGCAAAGCUGUUGGGUACCCACAUUUUGAGUCCCCUGUGCAAUAUGAGUUUGUGAGGGAUGCGAGGAAGGAGAACUGUCCUCAGCUUGCUCUUUUCAGCUGUAGCAGCUGCCUUGCAAGGAGAGACCACGGAGGCUGAGGUGUGAAGGAUAUGGGACUGUGGCUCAGGGAAUUGUAGGUGAGGUGAUGGUAGAAACUGAUACUGCCCACAUCUUCAGUAUUGGAGUGAGAGGGCAGCUAGUGAAGCUGGUAGAAAAAAGUAAAGCAAGUGGGUCUGUUCACCUGUUGGAUGGUGGACUAGUGCACCUUGCUGUCAUAGGAGGCCGGGAGUGGGCUGUAUCAGAAGGUCUGAACAGGGACUUGACUAAUUAGUGGACAGCUAGUGUAUAAAUGGAUGCAGUACAGGACUAAUGAGGCUUGCACCCUCUAAAACACCUAACGAGGGUGGAUGGUAAGGAAGUACGAGGGGAAUGGGCAUGGGAAAGUGGUGGGACUUCUGGUCUCUAGUUUCUCCAAAAUUUCAUACUCUUCACUGUGAGAAAACAAACGCAGAAAACCUGGGUGAUCUUGGGAGCAGAGGGAAUGGGGGUUUGGAGAAGCGCUUCCUGCGUCUGUGCUGAAACCUGAGAUCCACCUCCUCAGGUCCACAACCUGUGGUGGUUGUCAGCUUGUCAGACACAGAGGUGACAGAAGGUUUGGCUGCCCCACUCCCUGCCACAGCAGCCUGCUGCUCCAGGUCACCUCCCAGUGCAUAAGUGAGACCUUUCUGCUUGAUGCCCUGCUAAAUUCAGAUUAUUUUUAAUGGCAUUUUCUCACACUGAAGCAGGGGAAGUGGCUGGUUACACCAGCAUGGUUACUCCGGCUCAAAAACCAGUUUGUGUCAAAUUCUGUGAGUCACGGCUUCGGUGGUGGCUGCUGCGUGGUCCUACGCUAUCAUUGCACUGUCUGGCUUGGUGUUCUGUGAAUUGCCUUCAUAGGUUAAUUUAUGUGUGGAGCAUUAAACUUCAUUCUGGAAAAUGUCAGACAAGGGUUAGGAUUCAUAGCUGUGAGCCAGACUUUGGUAUGUAACACUAAUUUUUAAAAUUAGUUUACUUGGAUGUGCUGGUUAAGCAGACAUGUACAUUAGUAGUCUCAAACUCAUCUCACUUCUAAAACUUUCUGCCUUUAAGUUGGAAGGUUUGUGGAGCAGAUAAAUUUUCAGCAAGCCAUUUUGGUGUUUAAGGUUGUACUUGUUGGCUGCUGUGUAUCUUGAGAUAAUGUAUAAGCCUCCAAUUGUGGAAAAACAAGCGUAGUCAUUUUUAAAGACCCUACCACCAAUUCAUGUGGGAACUCCAGCUCUCCAGUGGUAUUACUUCUGCCUGAGCCCCUCUCCGGGGUUUUGUGGCACUAGGUGAUGCUCAUAGGCAGUGUUGAGACUUGGCUUAGUCGUACAUUCCUGCUGCCUGCCCUCCACCGGCUCCAGCACUCACUGGCACCUGUGUGAGCAGCAUCAGCUCAUUGCCAAGAUCAGUGUGGGGAGUUUUCUGCUGGAUGAGUGAGACAGAUUUUAUUGCAAAAGGGUGAGAGAAGUGCAAGUGAAGGAGGAAUCUGUGGAUGGAGGGAAGAGAGGACAAGGGUUGCAUCUAACUUGACUUUCCAGUCCUGAAUGUUUCUGAAUGGCCCCGAAAUUUUAAAUCCAUAAACACUUGCUUUUGCUGGAGUAAAGUCUUUAUUCAUUAAGGUUUCAUCCUUUGGUGCAACUUGUUUACGUUAAGUGUUUGCAGUGGGUUGGCAAACUCCCUGUAACAUGCUGUGGACAAAGCCUAGCAAAUUGAGCUUGUCAGCAUAGCUGACCUAUGGUUUUGUGUCUAGCAGCAUAAUUUCAGGAUUCAGUAGUGCUGAGCAAAGUCAGCAUUGCUGCUAGAACGGGAUAUUCUUAUCAGCGGGUUCCUGCUGGCACUGGUGGUGUUGCUGUUUGGGCUGUGUCAAGGAGCAGACCUGAUCAGAAGCUAGCUUGUGAUAGAGAAAAGCAAUUUCCAACUAGCAAGCUCCUUGAUUUUUUUUUUUUUGUUUUUCCUUUAACAUUUGCACAUCUUCACAGACAGUGGUGUCAGCACAGUAGUAGUACAGGACACUUCCAUCUUUGCAGGUCAGGAGCAGGCUGAGAGACAUCAUAGAGGCAAAGUGCAACUGUAUUUUGUUAUUUUUGGCCAUGUAUAUUUCACUUGACACAUAGGCAGCUGAAGAAGUGAGGAUUGUUUGGGUGAGCUCAGGAUUUUUUGGGAGCCACUUUGAUUUUUUGACUUAAAGACAUGUGCUUGUUGGGGUUAAUCAGCAAGUUAAGAGUGUGAGGGAGAAGAGGCUACUCCUUGCCUUCCUGAGGACAGCUGGGCUGACUGCACUGCUGGGAGAUGGUAGGGUGCUUGGUUUCUAGCGUUGCAAGUGCUCCUGGCAUUACUGGUCUAUGCUUGGGCAUCUGGGCAAAGAGCAGAUCAUCCGUGACAGUGGGAAGCGACGGGGCCCUGAGCAUUGUCCUGACAAGGAAAGCUAUUGUUAUCAAGACCUUUUGAGUAGACAGGUUGCCUGUGUAAUCUGAGCUGAUACCUAGAACUCAAGUACAUGUGAAAAUGGUGUCAUCGAAUAGUCUCUUCAGAAAUUAAGCCAUCCCAGUCCAUAAGCAACUGGAACAGCAGGGCAGGGUUUGAGAGUGGGGGGAAAGCACAUAAUUUUGGACUCCCACAUUAGUGGUACUUCAGGCAGAGGGGGGGGUGUUUUUCGCUUCAGUGCUAGCGGAUACCAUUGUACAGCAUUUUCUUGGACUCCCCAUGGUGCUCCAGUGAUGAUAAAGUACCAGCUCUUGUGCUCCUCCGUGCCAAAUGAAGGAAGCCCUGCAUGCUGUGAGGAGCCUGGAGCCGCUGCUGCAGCCCUGGCCCCUGGGGUCUGCAUCAUGGUAUGAGCAUGAGGAGUCUGCUACAGGCGCAUCCACCUUCUCUCUCUCUAGGCAAAGUACCUUCUGCUGGAGUGUGGAGGUUUGUCAGUUUGCUUACAUUCUACUUAUUUUUCCUCUCGUAGGAUGGUGUUUCUUCUCAGCCUUCAAUUCAGUUUCAAGGAUCCCAAGGGGAAGAAGACUACCAGUUAAAAGAGGACCAGAAGGCAUUCCAGAUGUUGUGCCUGUCAGGAAGAGAUCCACUCCCAUGAACCCUGCAAACACAAUACGGAAAACUCACACAGUAACUGCUGUUUCUCAGCGACCAUACAGGGACAGGGUGAUUCACUUACUGGCACUGAAGAAUUACAAGAAACCAGAGUUAGUUGCUCGCUUGCAGAAAGAUGGUGUCAACCAAAAGGACAAGAAUUCCCUUGGAAUUAUCCUGCAGCAGGUAGCCAACCUGAACCCAAAGGAUAAUUCUUUCUCUCUGAAGGAUUAUUUAUUUAAAGAAAUUCAGAAAGAUUGGCCUGGAUACAGUGAAAUAGAUAAACAGUCAUUGGAGUUAAUACUUUCUAGAAAAUUAAAUUCAUCUGAGAAUGCCACCAGCACCAGCUGUUCAGAAUCUUCUGUAACUUCUAACACAUGUGCUCCAUCAACUUCUCAGAAAUCACUUUUGAGUUACAAAUUUUUCGAUCCUCUGAUGAACAAGAAGCAGAGGGUAUCUCACUUGAACAGUCAAGUCCAGCCAGCAUUCAGUGGCCACUUGCAGGCCUCCAACGAGAAGGCCACUGCUGCCCGUCCACUGCCUGCACCCUUUGCAGCCACCACUACUCCCCCUCCUCAGCUACUGCCUCCUAAACUCCCUUCAACUUACAACCCUCCUCAGAGCUUUUUCUCCACCUCCCCCAGCACCUCUGAUGGGCGGGGGACACAAAACUUGCUGGUGGACAGCUUCAGCCAAAGUAACAGUAGCAUCUAUGAGAACCAGCAACAAAAGUACACCUCUCAGGCUCCUUUGGGCACCCAAGCACCAGCUGUGGUGCGGGUGAAGUCUCCCAAGUCCACAAGAGAGAAGUAUGCGCUGUGGUACCAAAAUCCUGAAAAGAUAAAAAAACAUGAGGAGAAGGACAAAAGCAAAAUGCAGGACACUAAGAGUGUGAGCAAGGAGGAGAAAGACGUUAGAAAAGAAAAAACUGCCAAGCUGGAAGAAUCCUUCUGUUUGGAUUCAGGUGAAGGAGUUCUAGAAACUUACCCUGCCUCCACAGAUCCUCCUUCACCAACAACUGAACAACCAGACUACUUAAUAAAAUACACAGAUAUCGUCUCAAAAGAGCAACGCGAGAGUUACAAGGGAGACUUCUAUGCAGAGUAUGGUGAAUACAGGACUUUACAUGCUUGGAUAGAGAGUAUCACCAAAAGAUUCAUGAAGUUUGAUGCACGACGGAAACGUCUUUCUCCAGAGUCCAAAGAAUAUCAGGUACUUCAUGAAGAAGUCAUAGAAGAGUACCAAACAUUAGUACAGUCUAGUCCCAGCUAUCAUGAACAGAAGAGCAGAUGCGAGUAUCUCCACAGCAAGCUGUCUCACAUCAAGAGACUGGUUGUGGAAUUUGACGAACGCAAGCAGGAUUAUGACACUAGUCUUCUGCUUUGAUCAGGACAUGAAUGAACCGAAGGUUAUUUAUGUAAAACCUAAGAUUAGUUGCUCUAAGAUUCUAAAAAAUAGUCUCAAACUUCUGCAUUAAGCAAGUCUCAGUAUUAGCGGACUGAACUACUCUUGGCUUUAUUUGUCGUUGCUAUAUGCGUAUUUGAAGCUGCUGUAUCUGGUCCCUUCUUUUCUUCAAGAUUUAUGUUUGUUUAUUUUAAAUAAUUUUAUCAGUAGAUGCUGGGGAACCAGUACCUCUGCUAUGAAGUUCUGCACAUUUUAAGAAAAUAUUGUAGCAAAUUGAAUAGUUUUGGGGCAAAUAUAAGACUGGUUUCUGACCUUUUUUGUUAAUGCAAAUCUUUGCCUUAAAUGGUAGAAGGUUUAGAAAUUUGCACAGAAUACUUCUAAAAAAAGAAAUCACAUUGUUUUGGAGGGUUAAAGAGGCAUGUAUAUGUGCUGUAUAUGGCCCAUUUUGUAACAACAGAAAUUCACACCUGCAACUUAAACCCCCCUUUGCAGUGAUUGCCUUAAGGUAUUUGAUUGGGUAUACUUAGUAUAGCUAAAUUAUUAGCUACACUGCUUUCCACUUUGCUGAAGCACCUGGGAAGCACUACAUGGCCUACGUACGCUAUUAGUGUCUGGAAGUGUGUGCUUGUACUCUGUGUGUGCAAGAACGUGUGAGCGUGAGCAUGUGUGAUGGGGGAAGAAAAAAGCUGCUACUCUAAGUAGGCCAAAUGCUCAGGUUAAAAAAACUGACAAGUGUUGCUGUAGGUUUUUCCUGUAAGAUUGCCACUUCUGUCAUGGAAGAUGAGAGCAUUCCAUUUCAAUAGUUUGUCAGCUUUAAUAAUAUUGGGGAAGUUCAUACUUUACAAAAAUGAAACGUAUAUAGUUUUUGGGCAAGAUUAUAAAAUUAAACAUGUAGGUUACCUAUUUAUAUACUAUUAUUUGGGGAUAAUAAUUAUAAUUGAAUAAUCAUUAUUAUUCAGAAAGAGUAUUUUUGAAGAGAGAUAUGCAAAGAAGCUAUUGCCUGCAUAAAGUAUAUAUUUAAAGAUUUUAGUCCUGGGUACCAGGAAUAUAACAAAGAAUGGAUGUAUUUAACUAUGAAAUACUGUGACCACCAAAUAGCACAAACUUUCAUUUCAUGCAGUUUUUUGGUUUAUUUUGAUGUAAACCAUUGCUUACCUUAUGUUAAAUCACAAGUUAUUUGGUCAAAAUUGAGCAAAAUCUUGUGUCUUACUGUGUUUGUCUUUUCAAAAUGAUGCCAAUGGAAAAGCAAAGCAUUACAUUUACAAAUCUGAUUUUGGACUUUCACCAAAAUUUUGGAAGUAUCACUAACAGACUUUAUCUCCAACAGACUUUAUCUCCAGCAUUUAAAAAAAAAAAAAAAAAAAAAAAAGGAAAAAAGCUGUUAUGUAUCGCUGUAAACAAGAAAAUGUUUGAUUGCCAGAAAACAUGUAUUCAGGUAAAUGGAAGCAAUGGAAUUUUUGCCUUAAACUGUGAGUUCAAAGAUGUUACAAAUAGCAAGCAAGGUGUCUUGCCAGUGGUUUUUGUUACUUUCUUGAGACCAUGUUGACUUUGGGGAUACUUGUAUUAGUACAGUUGUUUUCAACUUCACAUUUCAAAUAACAAAAGAGAAGACUUCUUGGUUCCCGUCGAGAGCUGCAUCCACCUGGAUUUAACGACUGGAUGUUGUCCUGAGCAUGCGCACACAGUCACACCCAGGAGCUGUUAAAUUCAUGGCAGUUCUGCUGCAGCUUCACUGGGUGGUUGUAAACCACCUAGAAACCACCUUCAUUUCAACCAAGAAAUGAAGUGGCUGUUCAGACUAAAAUGACGCGCAGUUCCUGAUACUGGGACACAUUUUUGCAGUUUUGUACUCUUUAUCUAAACUGUGUGCCUGGAUCUGAUAUUAUCGGCUGUUACAGGACACGACAAUACUGCUACAGUUGUUUCGAUGUGUUGUGAUCACUGCUACUACUGUCACUCUAUAACUGAGACCCAGUGCAGUUAAUUGAUUGUAUUUCCCCCAUACCAUUUGCCAUGGACCAGCAUUCACAUGCAUCUUGUGGUUUAUAGGCUGCGUAUGUGUUACAGCUGGAGGUUAGUGCUGCUUCAGAGGUCUGGCACUGCAUAUCAUCACCAGACCUGCAAGCUACUGUAAAGGUCUUAAUUGAAGGUUUUGCUCAUUUGCACUGGGCAUUUCUGAAACAUUGCAACUACACCCCGCAGCAUGUGUAUUGCAAAACAGUGCUGUAAAUCUGUGUAUCAUUGAGUUCAGUGAAUGCUGGGACCCUACAGAAGCAGGGCCUCUGACUGUACAACUGCCUUUCCUGCAAAACUGGCCUGCUUACUCAGAGAAACAACAUUGCCUGUGGUGGCAUCUUAGCUGGGGUAACACUACUACGAACCCGAAGCAAAUGAUUGAUGUAGAGGAGAGUCAACUGUCCACAUCUCCUGUGUGAAAACAGUGAAUUUCACUACAUUUUAUAUAAAAAAUGAUGGUUGGAAGGGAGGCAAUAGCCCUUUCCUUUUGGCUGAAAAAACACAGCUUAGGAGGGUUGGUUUCCAGUCUUGCUGGGAUUUGAGGGAGAAGAACUGCACCAAAAGGAAUUUUUCUUUUAAAUUUUAGAUAUGCUCCGUGCUGUCACUUGGAACAGCUCACUUCACUGCUUUUAAGUCUACACUCUGCCUUGCUAUUUAUCAGACAAAAAAAAGGUGAUAUUCAGCCAAUUUGGAAGUGUAAAACAUAUAGGCAAGUGGUGGAGGCAGCUUACUUCAAUAGGUUUUAAACAGAAAUCGGGUUAGUGUGUUGAUAUUGUAACUUUGCUUGUUUAUUAUGUUUUUAAAAAUAGUAAUGUUACAUCAGUUGUUCUAGAUAGUAACUGUUGAUUCAUGCAAAGAUGUAUGGCUACUUUAAAGUAUAGUUCUCUUUGUAAGUUUACUGUCGUUUGUUUCUGUACCUGAUGGGGGAUGGAUGUGGCCAGCAAUUCCAUAACCUUCUUUUGAGAAGGGAUAUGAAAUUGGUCAAGGGAGAACAACACCUGGGAACAUGAAGGCUUAAAACAAGGCUGUGAGUCCCCCUUUCUGACUUUGAGAGUAUUUUACAACUUUUCCAAUUGUUUCCUUAUAAACUGUAUUAAGAUUCUGUAUGUGAAAUAUCUUGGGGUGUUUUGUUAAUGAAUACUUGAGCCGUUGUUGCCUAUUUGUUCUAUAUCAAUUAAAGUUCAGUAAAAUGUUAACUUUCCUGUUUGUUCUAUAUCAAUUAAAGUUCAGUAAAGUGUUA